UUUGCGCUCUCACGUCAUGAAGAGAAGAAGAAAGCUAGCGGACCGGAUUAUUAUACUACAACGUUUACGUUCAUACUCUCUGACACACCGUUCAAACGGCAUGAAGUCCAUGCAAAAUCUCUGCUGUUGUACACAGUCCUUCACUCGACGCAUAGUAAAGGAGGGCGAUGUCAUUGUCAGCAGCUAAAUUGCCGGAUAAGAUAGACCUCCAAGCAGAAAUAAAGGUGUGACAACAAAGGGUGGUGUCCAGGGGUUUCGCUGCAGGCCAGUGUGUGCGGUUGUGUGUGUGGUUGUAUGUGUUUAUGGUUUUGUAUGUUCAUGAGUGAGUGGCAUAGCAGCUGAGGGUUGUAACGUGAUGCCAAGAUGCUGCUGUCCCUGGGAAUGUUGAUGCUGUCGGCCACGCAGAUCUACACCAUCUUCACCGUCCAGCUCUUUGCCUUCCUCAACCUGCUGCCUGUGGAAGCUGACAUCGCCGCCUACUCGUUUGACAACAAAACGGAGAACUUUGAUGACCUCCCUGCACGGUUUGGGUACCGGCUACCUAGCGAUGGACUGAAGGGUUUCCUGAUUGGCGCACGACCAGAGAAUGCUUGCGAGCCCAUCGAGCCCCCUCCGAGGGACAACCUGACAGGCGCCUUCAUCGUCCUCAUCAAGCGCUUUGACUGCAACUUUGACAUCAAGGUCCUCAAUGCCCAGAAAGCCGGGUACAAGGCAGCCAUUGUUCACAAUGUGGACUCCGAUGACUUAAUCAGCAUGGGAUCCAACGAUCUGGAUGUUAUGAAGCAGAUAGAUAUUCCCUCUGUGUUUGUGAGCGAGGAGACUGCCAACUCUCUGAAAGAAGACUACACGUAUGACAAGGGGGGACAUGUGGUCCUCAUGCCAGACUUCAGCCUGCCACUGGAAUACUACUUGAUCCCCUUCCUCAUCAUUGUGGGAAUCUGCCUCAUCCUCAUUGUUGUUUUCAUGAUCACAAAGUUUGUCCAAGACCGACAUCGGGCUCGGAGGAGCCGCCUGCGCAAAGAUCAGUUAAAGAAACUUCCCAUCCACAAGUACAAAAAAGGAGACAGCUAUGAUGUUUGCGCCAUCUGCCUGGAUGAGUAUGAAGAAGGUGACAAACUCAGAGUCCUGCCGUGUUCUCAUGCCUACCACAGCAAGUGUGUGGACCCGUGGCUGACCAAAACUAAGAAGACGUGUCCGGUUUGCAAGCAGAAGGUGGUCCCCUCGCAGGGUGACUCUGACUCCGAUUCAGAGGACGGGGAGAGCAGCCCCGAAGAGAACGAGGAGGUGUCCGAGAGCACCCCGCUGCUGCGCUCGCUGGCCUCCACAAGCGCCCACUCCUUCGGAACCAUGUCGGGCGCGUCGCGCUCAGAGCAAGACCAGGAGUCCUCAGAGUACGAGGACGACGAGCUGGACAGCAGCGACAGCGAGGAGGAGGUCACCGUGGAGACCGUGGUUGUCCAGAUGCAGCAGCCCUGCUCUGAAGGCCACGACCAGGACCACGACCUGCUCCAAGCUUGACUGACUGUUGGCUGGCCCGAUCGGUCACUGAACCCCCCGACCUCCCCCAACCUCACAGCUGCAAAAAAAAAAACUUUAAGUUGGGGGCACGAAACAGAUUCAUCAUCCGAGUUUUUCUGUCACUGCUUCCAGUACAUUGUAAUGUAUCCUCCCUACAUGUUCAAAUCUUAAGUUUUAUUUCAACAUGAUUGUGGAUAAAGUGCUGAUUUCCGGGUGUGUGACAGGAAGUCAGUGUGCGUUAUGUUAGGGGCUGCUUGGCAGAUAUGACAGGACUGGUGACACUGAUGUACAGUAGACUGUUAUACUGUAUUCUAGUCACAAAAUGAUGACACAGAUAAGCGGAUAAAUCUCAAGGCCCCGGACACAAGAUCACAUAUGACACAAAGUUCAGUAGAAAUACUGUGUAAAUAAAAAAAACUGUAGAUCACCGCACAUCUCUUCCUUAAACUUUGAUUAUCUGUUAUCCUACAUUCAUCAGAGGAUGAGGAAGUUUCUUUAUUGUACAUACAUGUUCAUGCUAAACUGACACACUUUGAACCCCUAUGCAGCAUCCUUUUUUUUUUUGUAAAAUUAAAACUAAUAUUCAGCAAGUAUAGAAACAUUUAAAGCCACAGCAAUAUGGUUUUGCCAAUUUUUUUUCUGUAGUCUGGUGUAUCAAGGAGACUAGCUGCUCCUGUCUGUGUUUUGUGCCACGGUUUAUAUCUGUUACAUUGAUUCACACUAAGAGAAACUGAAGCCAACGAAUGUGCUCUCCAUGUGAAGUCAUUUAAGUGUGGAGACAGUGGAGUGGUAACUGUCCUCGCUGCCUGCAGUGAACUUCUUUUGGCUGCUCCAGACCUAUCACUUAUAACACAAAAAGUUAUUGAUUGAUAGGCCUUGUAAUACACGUAUAACUUUUGUCUCAUUUUAAUACUGUUCAUAGCAAAUGUGCUUUUUUUUUUUUCAUAACAUGGCUUCAUUUAUGUUGACAAAUCAUGUUGCCUUUUUCAGUUUGUAUUUUGUCUUGUGUUUUCCUGCUCUGUUCUCAGUAUGAAUUCACUUCAAUAAAAUCAAAAUGACACCUUGACAAGGA